AUGGUCGAGAUACAACCAGACGAUAUGGAAGAUUUUGAUACCUAUUAUAGUGAGGAAAACGAAAAACAAAGAGAAGGUAAUAAAAGGAAAAAUGAUAGUGAAGCCGAAGAUGAUGAAGAUGGAAUGGACCGGUUUGAGUUUGAAGUAGAAACAUCAAUAGGGAAUUUCAUUGAUGAGUUGUCUGUUGGCCGAAAUGAAAUUCCAGACAGUUCGGAUGAAGAGGAAGAUCCGAUCGUUUUGCGAGAUAGAAGAAUCCGUAGGAGCAGAGUUGAUAGAUUAUAUAUAGGUCAGUCGUUCUUCAAUGGUGUUGAAUUUAAAGAGGCUGUAAUUGAGUACGCUUUAAACACAGGGAAUAAUGUCGUUCAAGGCAGAUGGGAGAAGACAAAGCUUGAAUUCAAGUGUGGCAUUGUUGGUAAGUGUAAGUGGAGGGUGUAUUGCUCUUAUGAUGAGAUGAAACAAAUGUGGGUGGUGAAGACGACAUACAGAAAGCAUAGUUGUACUCCAAAUGGGAGAUGCAGGCUACUUAGAAGUCCAGUUAUUGCAAGGCUUUUCAUGGACAAGCUAAGAGUGAAUCCUGAAUUCAUGCCUUUGCAAAUUCAAAAUCACAUUAAAGAUCAAUGGAAGUUGGUGAGUUCUAGGGGUCAAUGUCAGAGCGCAAGGCUGCUAGCUCUCAAGUUGCUUGAGAAGGAGUAUGAAGAACAAUUUGUUCACAUUCGUGGUUAUGUGGAAGAGAUUAUGACUACAAAUCCGGGAUCAACUGCCAUUGUCGAAACUAACCCUAACUCUGCCAAUAAAGAUGUUUUCAGCCGUUUUUAUGUGUGUUUUGAAAUCAUACGCACACUUUGGAGAGGUUCUUGUCGACCAAUCAUCGGACUUGAUGGCACAUUUUUGAAAAGGGCAGUGAAAGGCGUGUUGUUGGCUGCGGUUGGUCAUGAUGCAAACAAUCAAAUUUAUCCACUUGCUUGGGCUGUAGUACAAUCUGAAACUGGGGAUAACUGGUUAUGGUUCCUCCAGAGACUCAAGGCUGAUUUAAAACUAGAAGAUGGAGAAAGAUUUGUUCUGAUAUCUGAUAAAUCGAAGGGACUCAUAAGUUCUGUGCAAACAGAAUUGCCUAAAGCUGAACACAGAUUUUGUGUGAAACACAUCAUCGAGAACUUGAAGAAUAAGCAUCCAAAAAAAGAUAUGAUCAAACCAUUGAUAUGGCAACUAGCUUGGAGCUACAACAAGACUGAAUUUAAGGACAACCUCAACAAGGUUAAAGAGUAUAGCAUUGAUGUCUACAAUUUGGUGAUGAAAAAGCAACCGGAGACAUGGUCAAGAGCUUUCUUUAGGCUUGGAAGCAACUGUGAGGAUGUUGAUAACAACGCCACAGAAUCAUUUAACUCAUCCAUUACAAAAGCAAGAGCUAAGGCAAUGAUUCCGAUGUUGGACACAAUUAGACGGCAAACUAUGCAACGAAUGGUGAAGAGACAUAAUAAAUCCAAGAAUCACGAAGGGAGGUUUACAGAUUAUGUUGCCAAAAUUCUUGCAAAAGAGAAGAAAGAUGCAAACAAGUGUGAAACAACUCCAGCAACUCAUGGAGUUUAUGAGGUUAUGCUUUAUGGGAAUGAUUAUUCGAUUAUGUAUCAGGAUUUUUCAGCACUGAUUUGUGGAGAGACAAUUACGAGCAGUCCAUACAUCCAAUGA